AUGAUGAGUGGAUCUCCACAUCAACAAAAUUAUGGAAAUCAACACGGAGGACAUUAUAAUAAUCAACCUGGGCAUCAUCAAAGUAAUAACAAUAAUAAUAAACGGCGUCGUGGCGGUGCAAGACUCCAACCACGAAAUACACCUCUCGAAAUCGCUAAUCCAAUUAUGACAAUUCCACCAAUAGUUCAAGUUGUGGUUCAUUUGCCACCACAUGGUGCGCUUAAUGUUAUCAAUGCAACUACUUGUAUUCUUGUUCAGCAGGUAAGAAUACGUUUCAGACGUUUCGAAAUAUCUUUGAUCACUUCAACAAUAUUUUUCUUUCAGUGUGUUGAAGUCAUCGAAGUAUUGACAGAUUUUGAAACCAGCAAUCGAUAUAUUGUUCAUGAUAUGUUUAUGAGACCAAUACUUUAUGCUUAUGAAGUAUCAGGUGUUUUGGGAAGAGUGUUUGCUGGAAGUUAUCGAAAUUUCGAUAUGAUGUUCUCGGAUCUUUAUGGGCAAACUGUUAUGAGAGGAUUGAGAAGAACAAAUUCGGGAGACACUUUUAGACUUGAAUAUCCGAUUGGAAAUUUGGUAAGUGAUGACGUUAUAAUUCUUGGAUAAUAAAAAAAACAAAGCAAAAAUCUCAACACUAUUUUGCAGAUCGGAGUUGUUAUAGUGGAUGGUUGUUGUGCUAAACAAAUGAUAAUUCGAAUGUCGUGUGGUGGUCCAGACCUUCAUGUAGUAUAUCCUUCUUGUGUUUCUGGAUGUGGAACUUCUGUAUUUCCAGUUGUCACUGGAAAUGAUCAGAAAGUCGGCGAAAUUGUUCGUUGUUAUCCUGGAUUUUUCAAACAAGCAUUCACUGAUGCCGAUAUGUUUUUAGUGCACUGUAAGUAACAAUCCAUAAGAUACACUGAAAAUUAACAUUUUUUUCCAGUUAACCCAGGACUUCCGAUACAUUUCAAAUUGAUGUUGAUGGCAGCUGUUUUCUUGACAGAUUUUGUAUUUUUCGAAGACGAUCCGUAUAUUUGA